GGAAAUAUAAAAACAGAAAAUGUUUUAAUAUUAACUAUAUGUUAGUAAGAACAUAAAUAUUUUUCUACUGAUUGGUUAAGAUUUACAUUUGAGCACUGCUGAUUGGUUAAACGUGCAAACCACCUAUCAGGAUAGAAUACGGGCGGGACUUUAAUAACACUUUUAUUUCUACGUCGCAGUUGUGAUUUGGAUUUAUCAUAAGGUGAAUUCAAAUUCUGUAUUUUCUUAUUGUAUGAUAAAAAUAUAGUAAAGGGGUAAUUAAAGUGAUUUUUAUUCCUACGAGACAGUAAUUAAUUUAUUUGACUACCACAGAGCGGGCGCUUCUGUUAAUCAUGGCCAAUUUUCAAACAACAAAUACUACCACAAUGACAACGUCUAGCGACAUUAAAGGGAAACUGCGCAAGACUCUGGCCAAAACCAAAGAUGAGGAGGACGGGCAGGCUCUGGUUCCGUCUACGGAGGUGAGUGAGGGGAAAGGACAAACCAACAGGAAGGAACCCAGAGAUGGAGAAGAUCCAGGAGAAAGUCUGAAACGCAGACUCCAGGCUCAGAGACAGAGGAGGAAGAAAAGGCUGCUUGAACAGUCUUCAGUCCAUAGCGCUCAGGGGGAGAGAGGGGAGGUUUUCACUGAGGGAUCAGCUGAGAAGUCAGCAGAACCUGUGAUUGUUUCAACACGUUCUCCGAGAGGACUUGAGUCCAGCUCAGGCUCGCAGCACUUCGACAGCAACGUGACCCAGCAGCUGAAGGAGAGGCUGAGAGCAGCCAGAUCCAAGGCAGGGAGCCUCCAGCAGGAGGAGUCGUCCUCUCUGGAGUCGGGGAGUCGUCUUCAGAGCCUGAGACACAGAGACACUGUCACCAGGUUUGACAGGGAGACUGAUCCUGACACAGCUGCGAGACCCCAUCGUGUCCCAUUUGACCUCAGCACCAGGGUCAAGUUCAGGGAAUCAAGGAGACAGUCCCAGACAGAGAAGGGUCUCCCCUCUGCUGAGGAGGCCUACAACUUCUUCACCUUGAACUUUGAGCCAGAUCCUCCAGAACAAGCUGAGACAAUUGGCAGGAGGAGACAGAAACACAAAAAUGAAGCAGAAGAUGAAGAAGAACCUGAAGCUGAGGAGGAAGACGAUGCUGUAGAUGAUAAUCAGGAUGAAAACCCAGACCAGAAUGAGGAGGCUCCUUUGGUCCAAGAUGAAGAGGAGGAUUUAUUUACUAUACAACAAUCGUCCCAGGACUUCCUGGAGGUCAGGAAAGCAGAGUAUACUGGGUACAGGAACCUUGUCCAGAGGGAGAGAGAGAGAGAGCUGCUGUUCACGCCCAGUGUUGGAACAGUUCCCACCUCGGUGAAACUCCCUGAAAACAUGAAGCCACGUUACCUGGAGGACGAGGGUCUGUACGUGGGACAGAGACCCUCGGUGUCCCAGAACAACCAGAACCAAAUGGAGAACCGGAUUCUGAAAAUGGAGGAGGGUAAGAAGUGGUUUGGAGACGAUGGCAGGAUCCUGGCUCUGCCUGAUCCCAUCAAGGAGUCGUCCACCAGACCUCCUCUGUUCCACAUGGAGGAGGAUCUGGACCCUGCACUGCAAACUGUUCACAGGACGGCCAUCAAGUCUGAACCUGCCAAAAUGUACAUGAUGGGGGCAGCAGAUCCAGAAGGAGACUACAGACUGGACGUAGAUGUUUCUGGAUUGGUCUUCAGUCAUCACCCACUUUUCAGCCGUGAACACGUCUUGGCAGCUCGACUGGCCCAGCUGUAUGAUCAGUAUCUGAGCAGGCAGCACAACAACCUCACUGGUCACCUGACUGACAAGUUGAAUGGCCUGAGGAGGGCGCUGAGGAACAUACUGGAGAUCCAUGGUGGGCAGAACCUCUCUCCAGCCAUGCAGCAGAGGAUUUCUGAGUACAGCCAAGAAGUUCGAGACACCCGUCAGCUCAGAGACAGCCAGCAGGAGAAGGACAGAGUUCUGCUGAAGAACAUCAUCAAAGCAUGGAAGGACAUGAAGGAUCUGAGAGAGUUCCAGAAGUUCACCAACACACCCUUCAAGCUAUACCUAAGAAAGGAGAAUGUGGACCAGGCGUCAGAUGAACAUGAUCAUGAAGAAGAAAUCCUGGCAGAGGUGAUGGAGCUGGAGGUGGAGAGCCAGGAGGAGUAUCAGAGAAGGUUGGCCCAGUACAAGAAGCAGCUGCUGGAGUGGAAGCUCUCCAGGAAGAAGCAGAAAUCAAAGAAGAAGAAAAAACAGAAGAAGAGGAACAAGGGCCAGUUACAGGAGGACACAGACGAAGAAGAAGAAGACCAAGAGAUGGAUGACUCAGGAGAAGACCUCCCAAAACCAGAACCUCCAGAGAGGCCAGACCUGGGCUCCCUGGAACAGAUGGUCCGAGAGAAAGCUUCCAGGAUUCGCAGAAAACCUGGAGAUGCCAUCUUGAUUCCUGAACUGUCUGCGUCCGGGAAAAUCACUGCCAGUGAACUAUGUCCCAGGGCUGAGGUGUCCAGGAGGGAGGAGGUCAUGCGUCGCUCUCUAUUUGUGAAGAUCCUGUACAACGACAAAGAAGUUUCCCGCACGGACAGUCGCUGCCUGAACACUGAUUUCAGAGUCCACUUUGGUCAGAUCUUCAACCUGAAGAUCCUCAACUGUCCACAUAGCAUCAACCUACAGGUGUUUGAGGAGAGUGGAUCCUCCUGUUCUCUCCUGGCUCAGGUCUUUGUCCCAGUUCCAGACUCCUCAGUGUUGACAGGAGGAGUUCCUCUGGAGGAGAUUGAGUUCAGCUGCAACCAGAGAGUCAUGUUUGACCAUGAGGGAGUGGGAAGUGAUGUCCCCCUGUCCUUUGAGGCUGAUGGUGGCAAAAGAAUAACCCUGUUGACUUCUGGGAAGCUGUCCUGCUGUGUUUCAUGGGGGGUGGGUGAGGACGAUGUCCCCCUCGCUCCUCCUGCAUCUCAGCGUCAUAGCGGCACACACAGCGGUCGUCUGGAUGCCGUCUCCUACAUUGGUGCAUCUGGGCUCUACGACAUGAAAAAAAUUGCAGACUGGGCGACGCAGUCUCGUCUAGAUCCCAACGAUCCGAAGAACGUUUCUAUCAUGCAGCUGCUGAAGGUGGCCAGCAGUGGAGAGGUGACCGCUCCAGACUACUUUAGACUGGAACAACUCCAGGAGGAGUUCAACUUUGUGAUGGACGAGGAGUUCAGGAGCUCCAGGAGGUUUCGUCUGCUCCAACUCCGCAACCAGGAGGUGGCAGAGUUUAGAAAUUACAAAGGUGUUCCUUCUGUGGAGAGAGAGGUGGAUGACAAAGUCUUUCAGGUUUAUGAGAGGAGACUGAAGGAUGGAGAGAUGAUCCACACUGAGGAACAUCUGGACUCACACCGAGCUCUGGUGGCCAAGUACCUGCAGAAGAUCAGAGAUUCAGUAAUUAACCGUUUCCUUCUCGCCAAACAUCACUUCCUGCUCUCUGACUUGGUGAUAGAAGAAGAGAUACCGACCAUAGGAAUUCUGGGAAUCAACCUGUUCAAACUGGCUGAACCCAAGCGUCCGCUGAAACCUCAGAGGAAAGAGAGGAAGAAGGUGACGGCUCAGAAUCUGUCCGACGGAGACAUCCGACUGCUGGUCAACAUCAUCAGAGCCUUCGACGUCCCCGUCCGCAGGCCCCACAGCAAUAAACCAGGACCGUCACCCCAGGGGGCUGUCCAAGGCUGGGACUGGUUCGGUGGCCAGGUCCAAGUCAGGCCUUUUGUGGAGGUUUCCUUCCAGAGAACAGUUCUUCAGACGACCACAGCGGACGGGCCGAACCCCUGCUGGAACGAGGAGCUGCAGCUGCCCUUCAGUGCCCCUAAUGGUGAUUACAGCAUUGCCAGUUUGCAGUCUGUCAAAGAUGAGGUCUUCAUCAGCAUAUUUGAUGAAGUAGUUUACGAAACUGGAACGAGUGACAGGGAUGGAGGAACGUCUGUUCAGACCACAGCACAGAAACACUGGCUGGGUUCUGUGAAGAUUCCUUUCAGCACCAUCUACUCUCAGUCCAGGAUUGAUGGAACGUUCAGGGUCAACACUCCUGCAGUUCUGCUGGGCUACAGUAGAGAACGCAGCCACGCCCACAGUGGUUAUGAUGUUCUGAGGAGUCUGAGCGAAGGAACCUUCAUCACACUCUUCAUCACCAUUGAACCUCACCUGGUGCCGGGAGAGUCCAUCAGAGAGAAGUUUGACAGUCAAGAGGACGAGCGUUUGCUUCAGGCUGCUGUCAAAUUUGAGCGGGAUGCGACCCAGUCCCAUCCAGACCGACCCUGUGUCACCACUGUCAUUGACCUUAACGGGAAGACUGUCUUCAUCACCCGUUACAUCAGACCACUCAACCCUCCACAGGAGCUACUGGACGCUUCUCCCAACAACCCUCAGGACGCUGCGGCUCUGGUAGCUCGCUUUGUUUCUCUCAUUCCCUCUCUCCCUGACAGAGUUUCCUUCUCCUUCGCUUGUGACCUGUGGAGCACAUGUGACCAAUUCCUCACCCUGCUGGCAGGAGAUGAAGAAGAACAUGCUGUUCUCCUCUGCAACUACUUUCUGUCUAUGGGCAAGAAAUCCUGGCUCAUCAUGGGCACAGCCAUACCAGAGGGACCCACAGCCUAUGUACUGACCUAUGAGCAGAGCAGGUACCUGAUCUGGAAUCCCAGCAGUGGUCAGUACUACAGUCAGUACGACACCUUCUGCCCCCUGCAGAUGGUCGGCUGCCUGGUCAACCCUGACAACGUUUGGUUCAACAUCCAGGAAUAUGCUUUACCAAUGAGGAUGAGCUUUGACGUGACUAGAGCCAAUCAGUGGAAACCAUUUUUCUCCCGCUCCUUCUCCCACCCUGGACUGUCCAGUGUUCAGCCUGAGGAGCUGCUGUAUCGCCGCACGGACAGAACAGCUGCCACAGAACUCCAGGACCGAAUUGAGAAGAUACUGAAGGAGAAGAUUAUGGAGUGGCGCCCCCGUCAGCCCACCCGCUGGAACCGCCAUUGCACUUCCACCCUCAAACACUUCCUGCCAAAACUGGAGCAAAGCGGAGGGCGAGAUGUGGCUGAGGCCCACCGCCACGAGCUGCAGAGCAUGCUGGGAGAUAACAGGAUCUCAGGGUUCCCGCUCCACUUGCCUUUCUCAGAGGUCCGGCCCAUCGUGGAGGCUGUCUACAGCACCGGGGUCCACAAUGUCCAGUCGUCCAACGUGGAGUUUGCUCUGGCCGUGUACGUGCACCCAUACCCGAACAACGUCCUGUCUGUAUGGGUGUACCUGGCCUCGCUGGUCCGCAUGUGAUGUCACUUCCUGCUGCAUCACGGUACAUUUGCACACUGUACAGACAUCAGAUCCAGACUGUGGACUGAAAGAUCAACACAAAUAUGAAAACUAGGACUAGAUACUGACACAGCAUAAGACUGGUUCUGGUGUUGAUACUGGUCCAAGUGUCAGUAACCAUAGCAGUGGUUCAUCAAGAAGCUAAUCAAUGUAAACAGACAAACUGAUGAUGAGUGAGUGAUGGUCAGGUCGUCAUUAAACUCCUGUUUAUUUUUCCAUGCCAUUAAAACAACAGUGAUGUCACAGUGAGUUGAACAGAACCAGAACCAGACCGAGGAGUGAGAACAAAGAACCAAACACUGGUGUUCCUGUGUCUACUGGUUACAACUGGCUCUUAUUCCUUUUCUACAAGACAGAGGGAAGUUGUUGUGAAAAGACAGGAGCAGCGUUAACAGUUUCAUUUGGAAACAA